CAGUGCCCGCUUCCAAGAUGGCGGAGGGGGCGGCGCCAUCUUGUUACCUAACGUCAGGCGGUGAGAGUUGAAGGGAGGAGAACGAGGAAGGAAGGAAGGAGAGCGAGCGGCGCCGGGAAGAUGGCCGAGAGCGAGCGAAAGGCCGAAUCCCCCGAGGAGACCAUGCUUCCACUGGGCCAGAAAUUCAUGAUCCCCAAAAAAGAAAUCAACAUGGUUCCUGACAUGGCAAAAUGGAAACGUUCCCAGGCUUACGCGGAUUAUAUGGGCUUCAUUUUAACCCUGAAUGAAGGCAUCAAGGGCAAGAAACUGACCUGCGAAUAUAGAGUCUCAGAGCCGAUUGAGAAGCUGGUGUCUCUCCUGAACACUCUGGACCGGUGGAUCGAGGAGACCCCCCCAGUGGACCAGCCCUCCCGCUUCGGGAACAAGGCCUUCCGGACAUGGUACGCCAAGCUGGACCAGGGGGCAGAGAGCCUGGUUGCCACCGUGAUCCCCAAAGACUUGGCUGACGCCGUCCCCGAAGUGGCCGUCUACCUGAAGGAAUCGGUCGGGAACUCCACCCGCAUUGACUACGGGACAGGCCACGAAGCCGCCUUUGCCGCCUUCUUGUGCUGCCUUUGCAAGAUCGGGGUCCUUCGGGUGGACGACCAGCUGGCCAUCGUCUUCAAGGUCUUCAACAGGUACCUGGAGGUCAUGCGGAAGCUGCAGAAGACCUACCGGAUGGAGCCGGCCGGCAGCCAAGGCGUCUGGGGCCUGGACGACUUCCAGUUCCUGCCCUUCAUCUGGGGCAGCUCUCAGCUGAUAGACCAUCCCAGCCUGGAGCCGCGGCAUUUUGUGGACGAGAAAGUGGUGAACGAAAACCACAAGGACUUCAUGUUCCUCGAAUGCAUCCGCUUCAUCACCGAGAUGAAGACGGGCCCCUUCGCCGAACACUCCAACCAGCUGUGGAACAUCAGCGCGGUCCCAACGUGGUCCAAAGUCAACCAAGGCCUGGUGCGCAUGUACAAAGCAGAGUGCCUGGAGAAGUUCCCGGUGAUCCAGCACUUCAAGUUUGGCAGCCUGCUCCCCAUCCUCCCCGUGGCCUCUUAGGAGGAGAAGGAGAAGGAGAAGGAGAAGGAGGCGGCGCCCGCUUUGCAAGGUGGGACCCCCGGGAGAGGAGCCGUUCCGGAAACGCCUCCCACCGAAGGAAGAAAGAGCCAAAAGGGCCCAAAGCAAGAGCCUGGCUCCGGACCACAGGCUCCCCUCGCCGCCCACACUCUUUGCUUUCCUUCCUCCUGGCCGUUUUUAAAAAAUAUUAUUAUUAUUAUUUUGUUAAUUUAACUUAUCUGGGGGGGAAAGGCAAAGGGCAGUGGAGGCUGGGUUUUACGAUCCACAAAGGGGAACGAGGUGGUAGGCAUUGUCAGUUUCGCUCAGGGUGUGCUUGCUCAUUUGGGACUGUAACUCCCAUCAUCCCCCCGCAAAAAAAAGCUCGUAACAGCAAUAGGCAUCAUUGCACCGUACCAUCGUAUCUUCUGUGGCAGUUUAAGGGUUGCAUUGCGAACCAGGAUUCCUUGGAAGUGUUAGCACUUUUGUUCCACUCUCACUUCCAAAAUAGCAAUUUUUUUCGGGAUGCUGGGAUUUGCAGUUGAGGCCAAUAUGGAGCCCUUGCGCCUCCACAAACUACAGAUCCCAUCGUUCUGCCGUUUUGUGCCGUCACAAUCUGCUGUGACGUGGAACUCCCGUUUUCCUUUCUAGUGUUCACGCGCCAAAACGGAGACCGGUUUUGCCAUAUUUGGUUCCUUUGAGGCCUUUUUUUUGAACAUUGUACAUUCAGAUGGCUUUUGGGGACGAUGGGAGACGUAGGGCGUAAAAACCUCCAAUAAACUGAAUUCUGUUGGGAUUUCCAGGCUCGGCAAUACGCUCCCAGACGGGCAUUAAAUUAAGCAUUAAAAUGGGGGAAAUGGUCCGUUUUGUUUUGUUGGGAAAUAAACGGGGUGCUUUGCGGGGUUUCGGUGGCCCGUUGGCAGCGGCAAAGCCGGACAUUGAAGUCUCCGAAAAUAAAAGCACCUUUUCUUGAAAUGCGGCCUCAUAGAUGCAAAGCCGGGUUGUGUAGCAGACGUUGCUUUUUGCUGUCGAAUCGGAUGGCGCUUCUUCCGCUUCGGUUCCGUUCCGAGCUCUCUUUCUUUGUCUUCUGUUUGUCCGUCCCUCCACCUGCGUUUCGGCCAAGCACAUGUCCUAGAUCAUCCUCUUCAUCAUCAUCAUCCUCAUCAUCCUCCUGGUCGGAAUUAAACACCGUUUUGCAGCCGG